AGUUCGCAACAAGAUUUCUCAGGGAACGUUCGUCUUAUUUUUUUUUUAAUUUCAGACGAAAUAAAUUGUAUUCCUUACGCAAUUAAAAAAAACAGUGAAAUGGAACGCGCGAAUGGCAUAGAGCCACAAACAAGUGAAACUAGGCGGGAAAAUGACAGCAAAAGUAAUUCAAAAAUGGUGGCCAAUGUGAAGAAAAGUCGAAGUUUUAUGGAAUUGUGUAUAAGUAGUUCUAGCACAGUAAAAAGCUUAGGGAGGAACGAGAGGAGAGUACUUGUUUUGUACACAGGUGGUACUAUAGGGAUGGUGAAAAAUCGAGAAGGAGUUUUAAUACCUCAAAAAGGAGCAUUCGAGAAUCUCAUUAGAGGAUACCCACAACUCCACGAUACCGCUUUUUGGAGGCAGAGGCUCAGCGAAUCUGGCUUCCAGACUUCCUACCUUGUACUACCAGAAACCAAAGAUUUAGAUCUGAGGGUAUUCUACAGAAUAAUAGAAUAUGAAAAUCUCUUGGACUCGUCGAAUAUGACUGAAAAAGAAUGGAUACAAAUAGCUGAAGAUAUUAUGAAUCAUUAUGACCAGUACGAUGGGUUUGUAGUUCUCCAUGGUACUGACACAUUAUCAUAUACGGCGUCGGCGCUGUCGUUUAUGUUUGAGAAUAUUGGCAAAUGUAUAGUACUCACUGGAUCUCAGCUCAUAUCUAAACAAGGGCUGCGACCAAAUGUUUGGGUGUAAUGUAACAAACCAGGAUCAUACAUCUCGAAUAGCUAAUAGAUCUCAUUACACAAUUCAGAUACCAAUAUUUGAGCCUCGGAGCGAUGGAGCUGAUAAUUUUGUGUCAUCCCUACUAAUAGCUGGUGGCUUAAAUAUACCUGAAGUUACUCUUUUCUUUGGUAGCAAAUUGUUCAGAGGGAAUCGGACCCGCAAAAUUUCAGCCAACAAUCUGUUUGCUUUCUCAUCACCUAACUGCGUGCCAUUAGUAGAGGUCGGUAUGGACUUCGAAGUGAACAAGAAGGCUCUGUUCAAGCCUAAGGUGAUAGAGAAGUGUAGGUUGCACGCGAAGAUGUCUAAAAACGUGGGACUCUUGAGAAUAUUUCCGAGCAUUAGUUCGUCGGUGAUCAAAGCUUUCUGUCAGCCGCCUAUUGAAGGGGUGGUAUUAGAAACAUACGGAGCCGGUAACAUACCAUCGAAUAGACAGGACAUAUUUGACGAGAUCUCUGCAGCGGUGCAGAGAGGCGUUAUAGUUGUGAACAUCACCCAGUGUACGACAGGAUCGGUGGUGUCGCCGCUAUAUGAAACUGGUAGGUUGAUAGCUAAAUGUGGCGUAGUGUCAGGAUUUGAUAUGACACCAGAGGCAGCUCUAACGAAGCUCUCCUACGUGUUGUCCAAGUCUGAGCUCUCAUAUCAACAGAAAGUCGAGAUGAUGGGAACCAAUAUUAGAGGAGAGCUGACCUCGACUGCAUCUUUUGCUAUAGAGGACAGUACCCUCAUAGAUGCGUUGGCAAGCAGUCUGAAUAUACAAUCGCCUAAGAAGUUGAUACAGGUGACUGAGAAGGUGUUUAGUGCUCUCCUACUGUACGCAAUAGAGAGGCACGACGAGUUAUCGGUCAAGAAAAUGUUAGAUAUGGGAGCUGAUGUAAACGCUCAGAACUCUGAAGGGAAGACUCCUUUACACGAAGCGAUUUUAAGCGGAAAUAAAUCGAUCGUCGAAUACAUGUUGAAGAAUGGAGCUAAUGUUCAUUUAAAAACAAAAUGCGGGGAACCUCCUCUUCUGACGGCCGUUCACCAGGACGACCCCAGUAUGAUCGAGCUGCUGAUCAAAUGCGGCGCUCAUAUAUCCACCGUGGAGGCCAAGUCGAUAGCGGAGAUGCUCUCGUUAUCAGCUAGAACCGGUGCAGUCAACAAAUUACACCACUUGAAAUUAGCCGGUGCAGAUCUGAACACAUGCGAUGAAUUGAAACAGACCCCCCUGCAUAAGGCGGUGCUGAGCAAUCAUCCUGAGACUGUACGCUAUUUAGUGGAGCACAUGGCGGACAGAAACUUUACAGAUAUUCUAGGUUGUACGCCUCUCGAUUACGCGAAGAAACUCAAUUAUCAUAAUAUAGCAGAGAUACUACAAGAAUAAACGUUACAAUUUC